CCUGCCUUCUUUUGAGAGGGCACAGUCCCAUGCCUCUUCUCACAGCAAGAAACUCAGGGUGCUGAUCAAGAAAGCGACAUCUCUCUGGGGCAGGCAUGAAUGCUCUUCUGGCUGUUAGUUUUUUCCUUUUGGUUGGUCUAGAGCCUGUGAACUGCCAGACAGUUCAGGGGAGACUUCAGCCAUGGUUGCAGGGACUCAUUGCACUGACUGUGUUCUUGGCUUUGACAGGAAUUGUCUUUAUCAUCCAUAAAUUCUGGUGCCAGGAUAAAGAGAAUGAUCCAGAGGUCUUGAAUGAGGGCAACAAGGCAGACAUGACCAUUCCCAAUGGUACAGAAGGAAAUUAUUCUACAACUGCUGCAAAUUUCAGGUGUGAAGAAGGCCACCAUGUGUAUCAAAACACUAUCGAGAAUGAUUGUGGAAAUACAAUUGAAGUUCUUUCUACUGAAAUGUAGCAUAAUCCCUGGACAUCACUUCUCGAUUUUUGAAAAAAGAAUCUUCUCCAUAUUACAAACUCUAUACCCCAUACAUGAUAAUACCAAUUCUUAUCAUGAAUUAUUGUGUGUGGAUUUAAUUGCUCCGCUAAGGCUGAUUGCCCUGUGAAACUCAAAGAUCUUCCUUUCUGUUCAAACUUCUGCAGAUUGGAUCUUUUCUGUGUUAAGGGCUAAGUUCUAAGGAGGCUCUAGAUUUUUCACAUAAGGGGCCCACCACUGGAAUCUUGUACUUUUAAAGAACCUAUCAGAUGUGGCCUUCAUUCCAUACCCACCUAUCAUCCCUACCAAGUUAGUACCUUAGCAGCUUUUGCUGAAUUGCAGUAGACAGCCUCUAAAUCCAUUGGUAAGACUUCCAUAAACCACUGGGAUGUUCUAACUCACUAUAUGAGGAUUUCUUGGCUAGAAGUGGCUGAUCCUCCAUGACAGUAAUUCCUUGUAUCAUGAUUCAUGGCCACGUAACUUAACAAAGGAGGAAGCAGUUACGUAGGAAUUGUGAGUAGUAUUCAUGGAGAGGAGUAUACAGUGAUCCUCCAAGAGACUGCGACCAUUUUAUUUUUAUUCCUUUAUUGAAUUUCUACAGAGACCCACCUGUUACUCGAGUUUGGAGAAGAGCAAUAUGAAGCAGUAUGGCUUAUCUGCUUUCUUCCCACACCUACAUCAAACAAGUGGAUCGAUUUGUUACAUUCUACUGCAUCUUGUCUGUUAUUUAUUGGAUAAGGGUUUUCAUAUAGCACAUUUUUUCAAUAUAGGAAUAUACUCCAUUUAUAAUAUGCCAAUAUUAAAAUGAUUUAUCAUUCAAUUCAUAUUUUAAAAUUUGAAAUAAAUUAAGAAAUGUAUUUGUAA